AUGGACUUCGUCGUGCAGUUACCAGAAUCAAAGGGAUAUAACCAAAUCUGGGUAGUAGUCGAUAGGUUCUCGAAGAUGUCGCACUUCAUCCCCCUAGUAGCAGAAACGACCGCGCAGGAUUUAGCGAAGAUAUUCCUCGGUCAAAUCUGGCGACUCCAUGGGCUGCCUCUUGAUAUAGUUUCCGACAGGGACGCCAAGUUUACUUCGAGUUUUUGGGCAUCCCUUAUGGAAUUAUUGGACGUGAGGAUAAGAAUGAGUACGGCUUUCCACCCUCAGACCGAUGGGCAAACAGAGCGGGUCAACCAAACCCUCGAACACUACUUACGAGCGUUCUGCAACUAUGAGCAAGAUGAUUGGGCAGAGCUACUCCCUUUGGCGGAGUAUGCUUACAACAACUCGGUUACCACCGCCACGGGUCAAUCUCCGUUCUAUACCAAUUACGGUUACAACCCAAGAACCAACUGGCCGACGGAAGCCGAAGUGGUCAACCCAACCAGUGACCUGUACGCUCACUUCAUCCGGGGAGUUCAUGAUUCUGCUCUCGCUCGCUUAACAGAUACCAGGGAGAAGAUGGGGAAAUACUAUGAUCGAAAAAGGGACGAACCGCCUAACUUCAAGGUGGGAGACAUGGUUAUGCUCAAUGCGACCAAUAUCAAGACACGUCGCUCCACCAAGAAACUCGAUCACAAGAAACUCGGCCCGUUCAAAAUCAUCCGACUAGCCGGGAAACGAGCCUGCGAACUGGAACUGCCGCCACAAGUCAAAAUCCAUAAUGUGUUCCAUAUUGAACUCUUGGAACGGUAUCGACAAAGCAGUAUCCCAGGCCGAGAACAACGCCCCCCAACUCCCGAAGAGGUCGAUAAGGAAGGAGAGGUGCUGUACGAAGUGGAAAGUAUCGUGGGGAGCCGGAAAAGUAGAAGAGGAUUAGUGGAAUACCUGGUGAAAUGGCGGGGCUAUUCGAUGAGUGACUGUACGUAUCAAGUCAUGGACGCUAUGGAUGAGGAAGUACUUGACCUUGUCCGCGACUUCCAUCGAAGGAACCCCAAGGCCGUGAAGGACCAACGCCUGAGACUAUAG